CGCCCUCGCCGCCCUCAGCGCCCCUCGUGGGUCCUGCGGGCUGCGGGCGUGGGCAGGGCCGGCUGCGCGCCCCGCCCCGGCCUCUGUGACGUCCGCGCCGGAACCUGGAAUCCUGGCUCCGGGAGCGAAGGCUGGGAGGUGGCGCCGGAGCGGGUGCGCGGCGGCCUCUCGCGGGCGCGGGGCGCAGCUAUGAGCGGGUCCAACGCCAGUGCGCUCCCGCCGGGCGAGCCCAGCAGGCAGCCCCUCUUCCAUCAAGAGAACCUCUCUUUGGACUCCAGUUGCUUUUCUUCUCCACCUGUGAAUUUCCUUCAAGAAUUGCCAAGCUACCAGUCUAUUGCACGCAAAAGGACAACCAUCCCUUCCCGAGACAAGCAGAGUGGCACUUUGCUAAAGCCAACAGACUCUUACAGCUCCCAACUGGAGGGAGGAAUCACUGAAAACCUCAAUAGCCAAUCAAUUCGAAAGUAUGCACUGAACAUUUCUGAGAAAAGGAGGCUAAGGGAUAUUGAGGAGGCCCAAAUGAAGUAUUUAUCUGAGUGGGACCAAUGGAAACGGUAUAGCAGCAAGUCUUGGAAGAGGUUCAUUGAGAAGGCUCGAGAGAUGAUGUCCCACCUGGAGCUGUGGCGGGAGGACAUUCGCAGCAUAGAAGGGAAAUUUGGCACCGGAAUUCAGUCCUAUUUCUCCUUCUUGAGAUUUCUGGUGUUGCUAAAUUUGGUGAUAUUUCUGAUCAUCUUUAUGUUGGUUUUGCUCCCAGUCUUGCUCACCAAAUACAAGGUCACCAACAGCAGCUUUGUGUUCAUUCCCUCCAAAGACACUGAUAUACAAUGCACAGUAUAUCCAAUAAGUAGUUCUGGACUCAUUUACUUUUACAGCUAUAUAAUAGACUUGCUGUCUGGGACGGGUUUCCUGGAGGAGACCUGCCUCUUUUACGGACAUUACACCAUUGAUGGGGUGAAAUUUCAGAACUUCACCUAUGAUCUACCCCUGGCUUAUUUGUUAAGCACAAUUGCUUACCUGGCCCUGAGCCUUCUUUGGGUAGUGAAAAGGUCAGUGGAAGGGUUCAAAAUCAACCUGAUCCAGAGUGAGGAGCACUUUCAGAGUUACUGCAACAAGAUCUUUGCCGGCUGGGACUUCUGCAUCACCAACCGCAGCAUGGCGGACCUGAAGCACAGCAGCCUGCGGUACGAGCUCCAAGCAGAUUUGGAGGAAGAAAGAAUACGGCAGAAAAUAGCAGAAAGGACCUCAGAAGAAACAAUACGGAUUUACUCUUUGAGACUGUUUUUGAACUGUAUUGUUCUGGCUGUUCUAGCAGCAUGCUUUUAUGCAAUCUACAGAGCAACUAUAUUCUCACAGGAACACAUGAAGAAAGAAAUUGACAAGAUGGUUUUUGGAGAGAACCUCUUGAUAUUGUACCUGCCUUCUAUUGUGAUCACAUUGGCCAAUUUUAUCACCCCAGUGAUCUUUGCCAAGAUCAUCCACUAUGAGGAUUAUUCCCCGGGCUUUGAGAUCCGGCUGACAAUCCUUAGGUGUGUCUUUAUGCGUCUGGCCACCAUCUGUGUGCUGGUAUUCACCCUGGGCUCCAAGAUUACAUCCUGUGAUAACUACACAUGUGAGCUCUGUGGCUACAACCAGAAAUUCUACCCGUGCUGGGAGACCCAAGUUGGACAGGAAAUGUACAAGCUGAUGAUCUUUGACCUCAUCAUCAUCUUGGCUGUGAUACUUUUUGUGGAUUUUCCUAGAAAACUUCUAGUGACCUACUGUUCUUCUUCAAAGCUGAUUCAGUGCUGGGGGCAGCAGGAAUUCGCUAUUCCUGAUAAUGUUCUGGGGAUUGUUUAUGGGCAAACCAUUUGCUGGAUUGGAGCUUUCUUCUCACCUCUUCUCCCUGCAAUUGCAACCUUGAAAUUCAUUAUCAUCUUUUAUGUGAAGGAGAUGAGUCUUCUUUAUACCUGUAGACCCUCCCCGAGGCAGUUCAGAGCAUCCAAUUCUAAUUUCUUCUUCCUAUUGGUGUUGUUGAUUGGACUGUGUUUGGCGAUAAUACCUCUAACAAUCAGCAUGGCACGAAUCCCUUCCUCAAAAGCCUGUGGGCCAUUCACCAACUUCAACACCACCUGGGAGGUGGUCCCCAAGACGGUGAACACCUUCCCCAGCUCACUGCAGUCUCUGGUCCACGGCAUCACAUCGGAAGCCUUCGCUGUGCCUUUCCUCAUGAUCAUAUGCCUCGUCAUGUUCUACUUUAUUGCCCUGGCUGGAGCUCAUAAGCGUGUGGUCGUCCAGCUCAGAGAGCAGCUGUCUCUGGAAAGUCGUGAUAAGCGUUAUCUCAUCCAGAAACUAACAGAAGCCCAGAGCAAUAUGAGGAAUUGAUCCGACUGACAGUGAAGACCCUGCUACCUGUUGCUUUUAAGUUGACCCAGUGACCUGCUGAGCCUCUACAAAGUCCACCUUGGUUUUGACCGGAAACUGUAAAAUAUAUUUUUCUGGAGCUCAGGCUGUUCCUGAAAGUGGCCCCACAUGUGCAGCUGCACUGGCCAUGUUUAUGUAACCCAGCCCCGAUUUAGGCCUUCAGUGACUUAGACAAAGCAGGCUCAAAACCAAGUCUUUGCCUGCAGACCAGCCUCUCAGUGACUCUACCACAACACUGACUUAUAAAGCCGCUGAAGCUUUUACAACAAACGCUGAGGAGGAGAGACCUUUCCUAUCCCUAAAAGCUUAUUUGUAGUGUCUCUUCAGUUCAUUGUAGAGGUCAUCUGCUCAUGAUGCUGGGCUAUUUCUUUUGAGCCAGGUUCUGGAGCCUUAGACUGAGAAGUACUCCAUAAGAAGUAGUGACCCUUUUGAACAGUUCUGGAGACUUAAAGUGGAGACCCGAUUUUUUAAAGAAGAAAAGUCUUUGGAUCAUGAUGUUUGGAACAGAUGGUGGGAACAUGAGAGGAUGAUUAUAUAGUUUCAGCCCUGUGGUAGUAACAUGAGUGAGAAAAGCCUGUGUCUGAGCAGUCUCUGAAUGCUCAGGAUUAUGCCUUAUGAAGAGGGGAUUGCUGUGAGGUGGUGGUGCCUUGAUUUCUCCGGGAGGGCUGCUUUGAGGUGCUGGCAGCCGCAGGCCUUCAGUUCCCUUCUGGUCCUGAGUGCUGAGACUUAGCACAGGGCCCUCGCCAUUAAAAUUAAGGCAAAGUUUGUCCCUCCAUCUUCCAAGUCCCAUUUCCCUUCCUGCACUAAGCUCUCCAUUUCUGAAGGAUACUUAACAUUUCAGAGCCAGGUUGGGAAGGGCUGCUGAGUAUCUGAGGUGUGUACAGGUUUUGAGAUGUGGGCUGCAGCAGCAGACUGGCCUGUGCAGGUGUAUCAGACUAGUUGAAUACUGGUAUCUUAAACACACAUAUCCAUAUGUUUGAGGGCUAGUGUCUGUUUUCUUAGGCUUCAAAUUUUUAAUUUGUAUCUCUCAAGAUUUCUGUUACAGUAGAAACUAUAUGCAACGAAUACCUCAUCAUAAGCUUAGCUGAAACUGACAGCUCUAAACCUUUUAGUACAAGCCGAAGUUACUGUCUUUUUCAAAGUACUGUUGUUUUGUAACAGACUGUUUGAACCUUCCUUCCACUGUUGUUCUUGCUUCCGUGGCUCUAAAGCUUUCCUGGGGAGAAGCCUAGAAUUUAAAGUUGGGUGCAGCUUUUGGGAAGCUGCUGCUGUUAGGACUAUUUUCCAGCCACACCUCCCAGCCAUUACUCAAAAAUGGAGAGCAAAGUGAGCCUGCCACAGCUUACACAUUUCUGCACUACUGUCCCUUUGCCACACCAUUUUGUUGCUCUUCCACAAAGUUAGUAUUAACAUGGUAUAUUUUUGUAUCUGUGAGACUGAUGAGCUUCUCAAGCUUUUCCUGUCUUGUUAAGAUUUACAAAUUUCUCCAUCUGUUAAAUAAUACCAUGAAAUUUUGAGUAACCCAAGAGUUCACUCCAUCCUUACUUUAAAAAAAAUCUUGAGUUACUGGCAUUUCUGCCUAGUGUAUUUAUAUAAUGUUCUUGCCUUCACCGUGCUUCUGAUGAGUCAAGUUUUUUUUUUUUGUUUUUGUGUGUGUGUGUGUGUGUGUGUGUGCGUGUGUGAGAGAGAGAGAGAGAGAGAGCGAGAGCAAGAGAGAAACGUGGAAGCUGUUUUCUUUAUUAUAAAGCUGACACUGAAAUAUGCUAAUAUAUUCAUUUUAGUUAAAUGCUGCUGAUUUAUAUUCCUCUUGAGUGUUUUUAUAUAUUUUGAUAACUUUAAUAACUUCAAGUGAUAUCCAUAUAAUUGUUAAAGUGCAGCUCUAAUAAAUGUGCAUUAAAACUACUGAUUAAA